AUGAGGGUGGUAGUAUGCAUGCUCUGGCUCCUGGGUCUCGGGGUGCCCCCCAAGGUCCAGGGCUCCUGCCCCUCUCAUUGCAGCUGUAGCCUUCAGGUCCUGAGUGAUGGCAGCAAGACCAGGACUGUGGUGUGUAACGACCCUGACAUGACCCUGCCCCCAGCUUCUGUCCCGCUGGACACCUCCAGACUGCGCCUGGAGCGGACGGCCAUCCGCAGGGUGCCUGGGGAGGCCUUCAGGCUGCUGGGCCGCCUGGAGCAGCUGUGGCUGCCCUACAACGCCCUCAGCGAGCUCAGCGCCCUCAUGCUACGAGGCCUGGGCCGCCUGCACGAGCUGAGGCUGCCUGGGAACCGCCUGACCGCCUUCCCCUGGGCCGCGCUCAGGGACGCCCCACAGCUGCGGCUGCUGGACCUGCAGGCCAACCGCCUUUCUGGGGUGCCUCCGGAGGCGGCGGGCUUCCUGGGGAACCUCACCUUCCUGGACCUCUCCAGCAACCAGCUGCUAAGGCUCCCGCAGGAACUGCUUGCUACUUGGACUCACCUGCAGACUGGGCUCUUCCUUCCUGGACGCCAAGGCAGAUUGGUCCUAGGACUUCAGGAUAACCCCUGGGUGUGUGACUGCCGACUCUAUGACCUGGUCCAUUUCCUGGAAGGUUGGGCCCCAAACAUGGCCUUCAUAGGGGACAGACAGAGGUGUGGCAGCCCGCACAGCCUGGCUGGAGUGGCCGUCAGCCAACUGAAACUGAGGAAAUGCCAGAGUCCAGAGCUCCGUCCAGGGGUGGCCAGCAUCAGGAACCCUUUGGGCAGCACAGUAUUGCUACGUUGUGGGGCCGCUGGGGUCCCUGAACCUCAUAUGAGCUGGAGGAGGGCCAACGGGCACCCACUGAAUGGCACAGUGCACCAGGAAGUCACCAGUGAUGGCACGAGCUGGUUGCUGCUGGGCCUGCGUACCGUGUCCCACCUGGACUCUGGAGACUACAUCUGCCAGGCCAAGAACUUCCUGGGAACCUCUGAGACUCGUGUAUCUCUGGUUGUCACUGAGCCCGGGGCUUCCACAGAACACAGUGGGAGCCCAGGGCCACUCUGGGCAAGGACAGGCGAGGAAAAGGAAGCUGCUGCCUACAAUAAACUGGUAGCCAGGCAUGUCCCCCACUUCCCCAAGCCUACCAUCCCAGCCACUGGGCCCCCUGUGUCCAAUACAAAGGAGGAGCUGACCCUUCAGCACUUGCAGGUAGGUGCCCCAGGAGAGCACUUGGACACACAGGCAAGACCCCAGGAGGCCCGACUGGUGAGGUCACUCAAGGUGGUGGGAGACACUUACCAGAGUAUCACCUUGGUGUGGAAAGCACCCCAGGCUGGAAACACAACUGCCUUCAGUGUCCUCUACACAGUCUACGGGCAGCGUGACAUGCGGCAGGUGAUGGUGCAGCCUGGGAAGACCAGUGUCACCAUCCAUGGGCUGUCCCCCAAGACCAAGUAUGUGGCAUGCAUCUGUGUGCAGGGCCUGGUGCCCCAGAAAGAGCAGUGUAUCAUCUUCUCCAAUGAGGUGGUGGACACUGAGGGCACCCAGUGGCUCAUCAACAUAGUGGUGAUCACGGUGGCUGCAGUCAUCGCUUUGCCCCCCACGCUGCUUGUCUGCUGCGGUGCUCUCCAGAGACGCUGCCGCAAGUGUCGCUCAGGGGGUUCCACCGAGCUCGGAGGUACCUACAUCACUCUGGAGAGGCUUGGUCACAGUGAGGAUCACUCUGAGCAACUGUCCCGGCACAAUCUCAGUGAGGCUGACAGACUUCUCUCGGCUCAAUCCAGCCUGGACUCUCAGGCUUUGGGGGUCAGGGGUGGCAGACAAAUGAAUGAGUACUUCUGCUAA